AUGUCUAAACCUGGCUCGAAAACAGAAGCACUUCUGGAGACAACAGACAGUUUUGCAGAAGACGGCAUGGUUCCUGAAGAGCACAGUGCACUACUACAGUGGAAAAAGAGGCGAGACCUUGCGAGAUGGAUUGCUGCCGAGAAAUUAAUAGAUGCAGAUGCAGAUGAAGACCCACCUCCCGACCCUGCGGAGGAACGGCUUCUUGACCGAUUGUCAGCUUCAGUGGUAUCAGAGGAUCCACCAAUUGAUUUUGGCCACGACCUACAGCUCUCCGUUCAGGAACGAGAGUAUAUGGACAGCCGAGUCAAAGAAGCGCUCAAGAAAAUCCCAAGAGUGUCUCAUGCUUCUCCUUCAUUGGAAGGGCUGUUGUUUGCUGAGACGUUUGACAGGCCUGACGUGUUUGGCUCCUGGGUAAUAUCUUCAAGUUACACUCAUCCGGGGCGUUGGCAUCAUCAACUACGAUUCCCAGAGGCAAUCGAAGGGGAUCGUGGACUCAUGACAGCUUCCCCCGGUUUUCGGCAUGCGAUCAGCACUCUGUUGCCCACUACCGCCAGGCUGUCUUCAGGAAAACCCCUAGUGCUGCAAUAUGAGUUGCAGCAACAACACCCAGAUUUCGGUUGCGGUGGAGGCUACCUGACGUUCUUUGCAGCGGAUGCUCAGUCACAUUGCAACUUCGAUGAAAGCACUGCAUAUGCUUUACGCUUUGGAGCGGACCAAUGCGGAUACCGCCGGGAAAUCGUCUUCAAGAUCAGAAGAACCUGUUCCAAAACUAAUAAGAUGUAA